CGGUUGCGCAUCUUUUUUUUUUGUGUGUGGCGCACUCUUCAAAAACACAGAAAAGAAACGCGCGACGAACACGCAGCAGUGUUUGUUACCUAAGCUUUACACCGACAUUCAUCGAUUUGUGAAGCUCAAAGGAAACUUUUCCGGUGAAGUAUGAAGAUGAUUAUCUCCACUACCAGGAAGCGAAAACCAUCUUCUCUAGAUCCUGACAGCGGUCCCCCGGCUAAGAAGGGUGUGAGGGAACCGGCAUCACCAUGUAGGAGAUCUCCAAGAAAGCUGUGGUCUCCAGCUAAGAAGUCCCCACAGGCGUCUCCUUCUAAACCAGCUGGUAGGUCAGCCAGAUCACCUCAGAAACCUCCCUCUGUGGUUCCGAGCUCCUUCUAUGGAAAACAGAAGACCGUCUAUCUCACCCCGCUGGAAAGAAAAGCGGUGAAGGAAUGUCUGCCUGCUCUCCCCUCCCCUCCUCCUGUGGCCAAAAAGCCCCAAACUAAAAUAAAGGAAAAUGUUAAUGGAGGCAACAAAUUCCAAAGAUCAACAGUGAGAUCUGCUAAAGGGGGGAAGAGAGGAACCAGAAUCCCCUUAGCAACUACAAAGUUGAUCAGGCAACCUAAAAUCAACAGCAGCAAAGUUGCUGCUAAACCAGAGCAGAACAGCAGCAACGUGUCAGCCAGCAACAAACCAGAAGAGGCUAAGGGAGCUUUCACCAUCACGUUCAGCUGCCUGAAGCCCAAACCAAAGCUCUUCGUUGGAGCUGCUUUCUUUGGUACAGGAAAGAAAUCCACAUCGGUGUACAAGACAUCUGCUCCAAAGUCUUCAGCCAGACCAGCUGCUCCACCACAGAAGAAGAACAAGAGACCCAAAUGGCAGCAGGAGGCUCAAGAGACAGACAAACCUGAACAGAAACUGAAGCAGAGGUCAGAGGUCGUUCCCUCUGUUGAUGAAGAACCUGACACUAGCCAACCAUCAAGCGCUCUUAAAAUCUCAGGAGUGGAUGAAACGACCCAGAACCUGAAGAUUGUGCUGUCCAGGAUCCCAGAGUCUGUCAUCUCUUUCAACAGUCAGGAUGACUCCGUGGCUGAAUGUGGUUCUGGUCUCACCUUUGACCUCAGUGAAGCAAACCCCACCUGUGCUGUCAGCCAUUAUCCUGAUGCCUCUGAAGCUGUGUAUCCCAUAUUUGCUUCUGCCUCUAAAAGGUCAAAGAAGGAAUCUCGGCGAGCUCCACUUUCCUGCAUCACCUCCUCUGACUCCUCAGGAGAAUCGCUGCAGAAGAUUUCUGCAGCGGCAGCAAAGGAGGGAAGCGUUCGCAGGAGGAAAGAGAAGCAGGACAGCGACCAGCUCAUCAUCGAUGCUGGCCAGAAACAGUUUGGAGCAACAACCUGCAGCUCUUGUGGGAUGAUUUACAGCGCAGACAACCCAGACGAUCAUUUCCAGCACACCCAGUUCCACCAGAGAUUCCUCGAUUCAAUCAAAUAUGUGGGGUGGAAGAAGGAGCGGGUGGUGGACGAGUUUUGGGAUGGAAAAAUUCUCCUGGUCUUACCUGAUGAUCCAAAAUAUGCUGUCAGAAAGGCUGAAGAUGUGCGACGCGUGGCAGACAGUGAGUUGGGAUUCCAGCAGGUGACCCUUAGCAGAUCAAUGCAGGCUAAAACCUACAUGUUCAUCAACACGCAGCGGCUGGUGGUGGGAUGUCUUGUUGCCGAACCCAUACGACAGGCUUACAGAGUCCUCGAGCAGCCGGCUCCGAACAAAGAUAUGACAAAGGAUGACUUCAUGGAGCGACACAGAGCCUGGUGCUGUUCCACCGUCCCAGAACCAGCUGUGUGUGGGAUCAGUCGGGUCUGGGUCUUCAGUCAAUCCCGACGGCAGAGCAUCGCGACCCGCAUGCUGGACACCGCCAGGAGAACGUUCAUAUAUGGAAGUUACCUGACCAAGGAGGAAAUCGCCUUCUCUGAUCCGACUCCGGAUGGGAAGCUGUUUGCAACCAAGUAUUGCAACACGCCGACCUUCCUGGUGUACAACUUUGUCUCCUAAAGUUUGGAAACGAGCCAAACGACUCGGAAUGUUCUGUUAUGAAGCUGUUCAGUUUUCUGCAUCACAUCAAGAUUGUCAAGAGUUUUUAAAGCAAAGUUGUGAGAUUAGGCUGAGCUUGAGUUCUGUGUGAAACUUAUGUAAUUAAAGUCUGUUAAAUAGCUCGAGUUUUUGAGACUGAGAUUCAGUGUUAUUGUUCAGUGCUGCCAGUUCCACUGUGUGGGUUAGUAGAAUGUUUCUCCUACAUGAAGAGGUUCAACCUACAGUCACUGGAAACUUCUCAUGUUAAAGCAAAACUUCAGUUAGAAAAACACCAAUCUUAGCCGGAUCUUGUCGAAACCGGUAAGCACAAACCUGUUGAUGCAUGGAUGCCAUCUUUGUUGUUGGGCAUUUGUGCUUUGUACAUUUUAAUAAACCAGUUGGUUUUGACUCAUUACUGCA